AUGAGCAAUUUCUUUCCAGUCACUCCCCACCUUUCAGCGAGCCCACUCGAGUUAAAAAAGCCCCGCAGCUCCGGCUGGGAGCUCAGAGCGCUGAUCGACCAGAGGACGAUGGAUGCCGAGGGAGGUCGCGCGGUCCGACGGAGCAGCAGAGUGGGGAGGCUGGCGAUCGUGGUGGCCGUGCAGAACCUGCUGGUGGUCACCUGCCUGCUGGUCACCGCUUACAUUUACCUGGAGUCUCUGGCGUUGCAGCCAGAAGACACCGUGUACAUACAGUUUCAAGCGUACUCAGCGUUGAGAUCAAACACACAUCUGGAGUUGUUGACGUCCAGCGGGAACAAGCUGCAGAACAACAACGGCAACGUCACCAUCAGGUGCACGGGGCCCUACGUUUGGCACAUGCAGGGCUGCUACGAGAGCAUGGGAAAUACCGCGAACGUCAGCGGGAGCCUGACGCUGCUGGUGAAACACACUCUGCCAGUCAGCUCCUUCGCCAUGGACGCAACGCGAGAUGUGGUCUGCAGGGGGCUCCACAGUAUCGUCUACCUGGUGGCGGAAGAUGUAGCCAGAUUCCGCUUUUCCUCACAAACGGGGUUUCGGAUGGUUAACGUGAGUAUGGGCCUGAGCUACCUGCUUGGGAAUAAAUGUGAAUAUUGACUCCAUCCAAAGAAUGAAAAAAAAAAAAAUAAAAAUAAUAAUUAAAAAAAAAAGAAGUAAUAAUGCGGAUGAGAUGAAGACACCGGAUCUGGAUGGAUUAAGAGAAGACACAGGGAGCCAGUGAGCGGGAUUGAUUCCUGCUAAGAGACUGUCUGGUUUGAUUUCCUCUGCCGGAGUUGCUGAGCCUCGUGGUUUGACUGUCGGCAGGAAAUGUCCGUGUCCAAACAAGAGCAAAUCAAUGCAUCUCAGUUGAAGACAUUUAGUCUUAAUUUCUCACUUAAAAAAAACAAAACAAACAAACAAACAAAAAAAGAAGCUAUUUUACCUCCUUAACAAAGUGCCUUGUUCUGUAUUUUAAAUGUUUUCUUUCUUUGUUCAUUUAUAUUUAAGGCUUUUGAAAACAAGUUAUGAAGCUAAUUCUUAAUUUAUCAAAAAUGUAUCUGUUUAUUAUUUUUAUUAUUACUAUCAUAAUUAUCAUUGUUGUUAUUUAAUACUCAAACCAAGCAAGGAAUGUCACAGUUUCUUGGUGCUGCGGUGACAGUUUCGUGUCGCAUUGCCUGCGUGACCAACACGUUGCUCUGCUGGUUCUUCUGCAAGCUCGGAGAAACCAUUUCCCAAAAGCUGGAGCCGGAUGGUGCGUUUUGGUGUUAUUGCUUUAGGGUGACUUGAAUGCCAAAUGAUAACUGACUCUCCGUAUUUUCGCAUGACAUGAAACAGCAGAGCUAAAUCUGACUGUGCAGCUGGGAAAACCACACGGACGCUCAUCAGCUCUGCACUGCUGAGCUGCUCCCCUGGUUGUACUUGAUCUUGACUGCUGGAUGGAACCAAAUGAAUGUAUUUUGCUGUUGGUGCACUGAAGCUCCGCUCUGACUCUGUAACCUUUGCGUGCGCGCCGGUCCGGCCGGAUCCCUCCACAGUUUUACCUCCAGUAGACGUCCAAACGCCCACGACCUGACCCGACUCAUCCGGUGCCGGUGUGUCUGUGGAGUCUUAACGCUGUCUGUGGAAACUAAUCUCAGACUCGUUUGACGUUACAACCGGACUGGCGCACACAAGCCAAAGGGAAAAGGCCAGACAGGAGAUGAAUGAAUCUUUUUUAUUAUUAUUAUUAUUAUUAUUAUUAUUAUUGGUUCUUCACUCAUGGUGCAGACAUUUGUUUCUUAAGCACUGGAUUAUGGUGUGCGUUUGUAUGUUUUCUUUAUUUUUACUAUUAUUAUUAUUAUGAAUGAGGUUGCAGCUCAUCAAUUGAUUGUAUCCUUAUUGUAAAAUGUGAAGCACAUAAGAGGUUUACUGUUGUGUUCACUUGCGGUUGUGCAAAAACGGGGGGCGGAAAUAAAGCCGACCUUAUUGAAACUACUACCGUGUGACGUGAUACGACCUGUGUACUUUACCCCAGGGAUUACAGCGCUGAUUCUCCCCUUUGACCUCUGGCACAGCUCGUCUCUGUGUUGAAACGUUAAUAAAAACAAG